AUGGCUCACGAAAACCAUCGCAUCAAUUCAAAGGCUUCGCAUCAUGAAGUUGGAGUCAUGCCUGGUUUAACCCAGGUCCCUACCUCCGUGACCCUGUCUGCGGAGCAGUUUGAGAGGCUCUAUCUCAACCCCAUGAUGCACCGCCAGUCGGCUCUGACGAAGAAUUUGGGAAACCCAACUCCAUUGGGACUGGGGGGUUUUGUGUUGACAACCACACCGGUCUCUUGUUGCUUGAUGGCCUGGAGAGGUGCUGGCGGAGCUGGUGCUGCGUUCACUGGCGUCUUGAUUCUAUUUGGCGGAGUUCUCCUGGUACUUUCUAGUAUCCUCGAGUUUGUCAUUGGAAAUACAUUCUCCUCCGUUGUCUUUGGACAUCUAGGUGCUUUCUGCUUGGCCUUCGGCGCGAGUAUGACUCCAGCUUUCAAUGCUGCAGCCCCUUAUUCCCCCUCGACAUCGGAUACAAUCGCAGGACUUCAUAGUCCUGGCUUCGUGAACACAUUCGCAUUCUUCUUCCUAUUCAUGGCGCUUCUGAUGUUCAUCUAUACCAUUUGCGCGUCGCGUACGAAUGUGGUAUACGUCGUCAUUUUCACGUCUCUCGUUGUGGUUUUCUCGCUUCUAGCUGCCGCUUAUUGGAAGCUGGGCGCUGGAGAUGAGGUGCUUGGUAACCGCUUGACAGUGGGCGGCGGUGCUGCAUUAUUCCUGGCUAGUGUGCUUGGCUUCUACUUGCUGACAGCACAACUCCUUGAUUCUGUUGGAUUCCCUCUUACCUUGCCUGUUGGAGAUCUCAGUGGGCUUUGGGAUCGUUUGAAGAAAGCGGAUUGCUCGCAAGAUCUUGAGUCGGCGACCAACAGUGACAAAUGA